CAACAUUAGGUUUCAGGCACUUCGACUAGAAGGGAACAUUAAACUUCGCUGUUCAACGACCAUCGCUGUUCCAAGUUGCGCGGGAUGUAACUAUUUGAUGUACAAUACGUAUGUAGUAGCGUUAUGUACCAUGUUAGUUAUGGACAUAUUAUGUAGAGCACAGAGGCCAGUCGCUUGGCUCACGGCGUCUUCACAUGCGACGGGCGCUUACAACUGCGCCGACCUUUACAUACAUACCUACAUACCAACUAGUACCAAGUUACCUGGCCAUAUGACGAUGUACACACAGACGCAGCUCAUCUCCUGUAAUCAUCUAAUAUAUCUAGAACAGGGCCACAAUAGAUGAGGCCGGCAUUUCCACUCACACAAUGGAAAUGCCAAAACUCAAAAUCUCAAUAUCUCUGCUUCUCUCUUAUAUUGACGAGGUAUCAUAUCACGCGCCCGAUCCCCGUUUUUCUCUCUUCGUUCUCACCAA